UUGCGUUUUGUCAAAACGUUGUAGCGUGUGUAUGUUGUGAGGUUAUAAUUUUGUAUUAAUUUUUUUAUUUAUAAUGUAAUUAUUAAUUUUAAGUAUUUAAUAGCGCAAAUCAUCUGUGCUGCUUUGUACAAAGAUUAUAUGGAACUUAAAUCUUUUACCAUUAAUUCCUAUCUUUAUUAUUUAUGGAAGCCGACAUACUAGUCAUGGAGAGCCAACUAGUGGAUUUUAGUGUUGUUAAACGAAAAAUAAUUGCAACAGAUGAAGUGUUGAACAAGUAUUUAGAAAAUUAUAACAAACUUAAAAAGAAUAUACAGACAAAUAAAGAAUUGAAAUCACAAUUAGAGCGAUCACAGCUGGAGCUAGAAAGAAGUGAGUUUUCACAGAAAACGAUACAAUCAAAGUACAAUGAUUUAGAAAGCAAAUACAAUGUACUUGCUGAUCAGAUGGAAGAUCUGCAAAGAAAAUAUGGUGAACAGUUAAUUUCCUCUCAAACAACUAUACAAGAUAUGGAAAUCGAACUCUCAAUGUACAAGGAACUAUCAGAAAAUUCGUCAAAUGCAGGUAUGACCAUGGAGGAAUUAAAGAAAAAGUUAAAAGAACACCAGGAGACUGAGGAAGAGAUUAGUAAAGAUAACUUAAGGUUAGAGAAAGAAAUUUCAAGUUUACAACAACAAAUAACUCGUAAUAAAGAAGAAUAUGAUAAAAAAAUACAAGCCUUAAAUAUGGAGAAAGAAGAAAUAAGUAGUCGUUUAUGUUAUAUACAAACUGAGCAAAAAGAGCAACUCAAGAAGCAUGCCGAAGUUUGCCAUUUUAAGGAUAUGAAAAUAAAUCAGUUAGAACGUCAAUUACCUGACGUAAGAGCUCUGCAGGAUUUAGUUAAACUUCUCACAUUCGAAAAAGAACAGCUGAAACAAGAAAGUAUACACAAAUAUAUCCCAAAGUCAGCUGUAAGUAUUGGUUCGCAAACUGAUCUGAUUUCAGAACCAUUUUUCAGUAACAAUUUAGAAUUUGGUGAAUCUGAUAUGUUUCUAUGUGAUAUCUUUAAAGAAAUGAUAAAUUAUACAACAAUGUUAUCACCAUUAAGAUCUAGUUCACCUCAAAUUGAAUGCUGUUUAGAUAAUAUAGAAAACACAUCUCAUAUAGCUGCAGGUGUUUGUAGUGAAGAAAUUAAAGAAAAUAAUGCUCUUUUACUUAAAGAGAAUGAUAUUAGUAUAAAUAAUGCAAGUUAUGAGAAUUCUAUUGCAGUAUCCCAGAAUAUAGAAGACGAUGAAGAUUACAUGCUAGUAGAUUCAGGAAUUUCGUCUUUCUGUACACCAAUGACCCCACUUAGUGACAAUAACAAAGAUUAUUUAAGCAAUAAAUCAGAUGUCAACAAUUUUGAAGACUUUAAUAAAAUCAAAAAUAAGCAAAGAUAUAAGAAGGCAAGGUAUUUAAAACAAAGAAGGAAGACUAUUUCCAAAAUGAAAAACUUGUUAAAGAGAAAAAAGAAAACAGUAAAUCGCGAUCCAAUUCUAAGUGCUUUAAAAGUUUUAAAACAGUCUAAUAUUAACUUUAUAAUUUCCAAUGAAGAAAUAUUUUCCUCAGGUCAGAAUAAGUCUAUUAAAAAGGUGUGCCAGCAACUUAAAAUUAAAACCCUAGAUGUUGAAUAUCUCACGUGUACACAAAUUAGUUGUCAACAAAGUUGUAUGUUAGUUGAAGAUGGGUGCUUGCUGGGUUUCUUCGAAUCCAACAAGAAUACACAACAUUCUAAUGAAAAAACAUCCAUAGAAUCUAAACAUCACAAUCUUAUUUCAGACUUAACAAAUACACUGGUUCCUAAUUGCUCUCCAGAAGUUGUUUUGGAUAAACUGGCAGAACUAGUCAGUGAGAAACUCAAACAUAAAAAGACGCAUUGGCCUUCCACCGAAUGUAACUCAGAAUAUCUAUCAGAGUCUGAAGCAGAGUUACGAAGUUUAUUCAGUAGUUCUGUAUUGGAUACCAACGGAGUUAUAGAAUCUGACAUUAACAUGGUUGAUUUAAAACUAUCAAAUGAGGAGCUGAUUCCAAGGAAUCUGUCAGCAGAAAUAACUUCAUCUACAGAUACUUCUUUUGUUGAAAAUAAGAGUAUUUCGUAUUCAGCGAAUUCUGAUAAUGUUGUCAGUACAUGCCCUCCAAUUCAAACAGAAUCUACCACUUUUAUAAAUCAACAUACUGUAGAUUAUAAUUGUGGAAGAGUUACAGACACUACUGAGGCACCAACUUGUGAAUAUAACACUAAAGAACCUAAGGCUAAUGAUAAUAUUACAAAGAUGAUCGUAGAGGAUUUAUCAGAUCAAAAAAAUGAAAAUCAUGAUACAAUAGACACAUUUUUAGGACUAGAUGUACGAACUGAUACAGAAUCAGACAAAAAAUCAAUUUAUGUUAAAGAGAGCUGUGUGGACAAUACAGAAAGUCCUACCAUUGUAGAAACAGAAGGUUGUCAAAGCUUUACUACUGAAAAUAAUGACAAUUUAGAAAAGAAUCAACUAUUUGAGGUAGCUUCCAAAGAAGAACUAGGACUGAAUCAUGCCGUUGGUGAAAUAACUUGUCCUGGUAACUUGGAUAGUGCAACUUAUGAUACUACAGGAAAUAUCCUCUUGAAUAUACAUACACAGGAUCACCAGGAUAUCAUAGAAGGUACCUGUUUAUCUAAACAACCACCAGAUAAAUUACAAAGUCAAAAACCAAAUACUGUGGAUUUGGUCGAAAAAUCUGAAAGUGUUGUUUCUACAAAAAAUGCUUCUUGUAAUCAAGAAAAAGCCUUAGAUUUAGUCAUAAAUGAACCAAAAGUAGAACUAUUGGAAACAUUUAUGUUACCUUCAGGCAUAAACUCUGAACAACCAUCUAUAAAAUUAAAACGUCAAAAACCAAAUACUAUGGAUCUUGAAGAAAAAUCAGAAAGUAUUGUUUCUACAAAAAAUGCUUCUUUUAAUCAAGAAAAGGCAUUAGAUUUAGUAACAAAUGAACCAAAAGUAGAGCUAUUAGAAACAUCUGUAUCUUCAGCCAUAGACUUGAGUUGUUUAUCUAAACAACCACCUGGAACAUUACAAAGUCAAGAACCAUAUGCUGAGGAUCUUGUCGAAAAAUCAAAAAGUAUUAUUUCUACAACAAAUGCUUCUUGUAAUCAAGAACACCCCUUAGAUUUAGUAAUCAAUGAAACAAAAGAAGAUUUAUUGGAAGCAUCUGUGUUACUUUUACCCAUAGACUCAAGUGAUAAUGAUCACAUUUGUUGUAAAAUUGGGGAAGAUGAUUUUAGCAAAACACUCCAGCAACAAUAUUCACCCAAAAUUUUUUCUGAUGAAUUUGAUAACCAUUUCCAUCUCCCUCUUGCUUUAGAUGAAGACUAUAAUAAGGAAUUGAGUCAUGUUCCAAGGGAAGGUACAAAUUCUAUCGACUUGUCUUCUGAUCAAUGUCAAGAUAGAUGUCUGAUACGAAAUUUAAGAGAAUUUAAUCAUAAGCUCGAUUUGAAUUUGUCAUUUUCGUUUGAAGAAGGGGAUGAUAGUGAAACUACUGGAACUAUUUCUAGAACACUAAGUCCCAAAAGUUUGUCAUUUCCGUUUGAAGAAAAUGAAGAAAAUGAAAGUGAAGCUACUAGAACUAUUUGUAGAACACCAAGCCCUGAAAAACAGAACAAUUAUCUCUAUAUGAUGUCUCCUUCAACUAUUUUAGAUAUCUGUAGGAUAUCACCACCUCCAGAAUGUAUCAGUCCAUUAAGUUCAAAUAGUGUACUUAAAGAUGAUAUUGGAGAAGUAGAAAGUAAAAAUGAAACUGGUCAAGUUAAGAAUAUUGAUUUAAAUAAUGAAAGUAUGUCUUUAAAGCAAAUAUCUCCUUUAAAACAAUGUAUGGAGUUGCUUUCAAAAACAGGAGAGAGUAUUAUGUCAGAUUCAAUAAUAUCUCCAACUUCCAAAUGCAUUAACUAUAUUUUAAAACAUGAACAAAUAUUGGGGUCUGAGAUAGAUUCAUUUUUACAACAAUUCGAAUCUGAUAAAAGUUUUAGUGACUUAAAUAAUUCCACAAAUGCCGUUGAAAGUCCUAAUAAUCAGGGUGUCACUAAGUCUUCAUUCCAAUCGCCACCUAACAGAAAAAGGAUAUCAGAGUUUCGAUCUCCACCAAAGUCUUCUGCCCCAGUUCCAACUCCUCAAACAAAAACUAUUAGAAAUUUGACGAACUAUUUUGAAUCAGUUAAUUCAGAAGAGUCUGCCGUGUCACAACCAUCACCAACUAAAAAUGUGACUCAAUCUUGCUCUUCAGCAUUUCCGAUUUCUUCUGAUUCAACAACUUCAGUUCACAUUCCAACAGGGCUUGCAAUACUUGCAACAAAAUACAAUCCUGCCUUGUCUGCAAAGCCUUCUAUAAAUGUUUUUCCAUCAGCUGCUACUUCUCAUAUGCAAGAUAGUUCAUCUCUUGAAAUUGAAAUGUCAGUUGAUUCUCCAAUACCUCCUAUUACAAGACCAUAUGAACUGUUUUUUAAUCCUAUCUCACUACCAACACCUAAGGUCACAUAUGGAUUGUCUUCACCUGUGUCUUCUCCAGUAGCAAGCUGUCCUGAAUCACCAGAACAAGCAGAGGUGUUGCAACAUGAGACUGUGUAUCCAAAAAUUAUACCACUGGAGAAAGUUGAAGAUAGUGGUUUAGCAAAUGAGACGAAAAACAACAGAAAAUGUUCUCCUACAAAUAGUGAUAGUAAAUCUAGUGAAUAUGAUGUAAAGAGUAAUCAGCAAUGUAUUAGGAGCAAAUAUGAAACUGUGGAUCCAAAAAUUACACCACUGGAGAAAGUUGAAGAUGAUGGUUUAGCAAAUGAGACGAAAAAUAAAAGAAAAUAUAAUGAUAGUAAAUCUAGUGAAGAUGAAGUAAAGAAUAAUCAGCCAUGUAUUAGGAGCAAAUAUGGACGGGUGAUAAAAGUUAAAAAAUAUCCUGAUUUCUAUGAUGACAUAGAGGAAUUCACAAAAUGCACAAAAAUAUCAUCUGUGGCUGAAUCAGAAGAAAAAAAUAGACGUCAGUUGGAAGCUAAAAAUGGAAGCAAAAGCAUAGAAAAAAUGGUAGUAAACAAAGUAGAUGAAACAAGUUGUAGUGAACACGUGAAACAAGCGCCAGAUCCGACAAAGAAACCAAAACUACCUAAAAGGUUGACAAGACUUCAGGCAAAAAUGUUUGCAGCUGAAUCGGAAGAAAAAGAUAAACAUAAAUUGGAAGCUAAAAAUGAAGGUGAAAGCACAGAAAAAAUGUUAGUAAACGAAGUAGGUGAAACAAGUUGUAGUGAACAAGUCAUCCAAGUGUCACAUCUGGCAAAGAAGCCAAAACUAGCUAAACAGUUGACAAAAGUUCACUCAAAAAUAGUUAUAGCUGAAUCGGAAGAAAAAAAUAAACAUGAAUUGGAAGCUGAAAAUGAAAGCGAAAGCUUAGAAAAAAUGUUGGUAAACGAAGUAGAUGAAACAAGUUGUAGUGAACAAGUCAACCAAGUGUCACAUCCGGCAGAGAAACCAAAACUAGCUAAAAAGUUGACAAAAGUUCACUCAAAAAUGGUUGUAGCUGAAUCGGAAGAAAAAAAUAUACUUGAAUUGGAAGGUACAAAUGAAAGCGAAAGCACAAACAAAAUGUUAGUAAACGAAGUAGAUGAAACAAGUUGUAGUGAGCACGUCAAACAAGUGCCAGAUCCGGCAAAUAAACUAAAACUAGAUAAAAAGUUGACAAAAAUUCACUCAAAAGUGUUUGUAGCUCAAUCGAAAGAAAAAAAUAAACAUGAAUUGGAAGCUACAAAUGAAAGUGAAAGCAACGAAAAAAUAUUACUAAACCAAAUAUAUGAAACGAGUUGUAGUGAACAAGUCAACCAAGAGCCAGAUCCGGCAAAGAAACCAAAACUAGCUAAAACGUUGACAAAAGUUCACUCUAAAAUGUUUGUAGCUGAACCGGAAGAAAAAAAUAAACUUGAAUUGGAAUCUAAAAAUGAAAGUGAAAGCACAGAAAAAAUGUUAAUAAACCAAAUAGAGGAAACAAGUUGUAGUGAACAAGUCAACCAACUGUCACAUCCGGCAAAGAAGCCAAAACUAGCUAAAAAGUUGACAGAAGUUCCCCCAAAAAGGUUUGUAGCUGAAUCGGAAGAAAAAAAUAAACAUGAAUUGGAAGCUACAAAUCAAAGUGAAAGCAACGAAAAAAUGUUACUGAACCAAAUAGAUGAAACAAGUUGUAGUGAACAAGUCACAAAAGUGCUAGAUCCGGCAAAGAAACCAAAAAUACCUAAAAAGUUGACAAAACUUCAGUCUAGUGUAAAGAGACAAAUGAAACAUAAACAAGUUAUGUUUCGACAACCUGUGGGGAAUAUCUGUGAUAAUAAGUUAUAUAUUUCAAACCAUUCAGAAGAAAUGGAAAGUGAAACUAGCAAUAAGAAAAUUAAAAUUGUUCAAAAUGUAUUGAUACGUCCAAAUGCAAGCUCUCCCAUCGACUUAAUGGAAUCCAAAAGCUGGAAUUCGGGUCAUAAUACCAACCAAACAAAACCAGAGCCCUGUGCUCCUCAGCAAAAUACUUGUGAUGUGUUAUCUUCGAUUAUAGGCCAAAUGGACAAAAUUAGGUCCCAUAAAACUGUGAUAAAAAGGGGGGUAGCAACUCCUAAAAGUAUCAGCGAAAAAGAAUGGAGAAAUGGGUUGAUAGAUAUAGCAGAAACCAUAUACAAUAGAGAUAUUAAUAUGCCGAAUAUUCAUGGUAUUAGAAGUUUCAAGAAAAUAGGGUUAUUGAAGAGAGAUUCCAAAGUAUCACCCAAAAUUGGGUUUUUGCUGAAGAAGUUUUAUGACCUUCCCAGCGAUAUAGUUCUACCAGAAUAUAUUAUCGUUGAAUUCGCAAGGUUGCCUGUUGAUUAUAUUAUAGAUAUAAUCAUUCACCAACUUCCAAGAGAUAAAGACAAGCCCGAAGAAGACUGCUAUCCAGCACCACUUAUGACACCAACACAGCGGAAAUUCCUGCGUUUAUUGAUCCAACUGGAACCGAAAAGGAUAAACAUUAUUGAAAGGUUCUAUUGUAGAAUCCAAUAUUAUGUAUGUAGAAAUGAUAUAUGUGUGAGAGUGGGCAUUCCAUUGACCCGGUUAUUCAUGGGAUUAUGUCGGCUUAAAGCAGACAUUAACAUGAUGAGAACAUUUUGCUGUGAAGCCUUCUACUACGCGGGAGAGGUUGCCAUACCAAUUUUUUUUACCGUUUUAACUUCAUGGGCCGACGUUAUACCCGUAUAUUCAGAGGUUGAUGUAUAUCCCAUGGCAAAGGUACUAGUUCAGUUAGUAUAUGAGAUGAAAGUCAAAAAACUUUAUUGCAACAGUUAUGCAUUAAGAGACUUACUGGAUAAAUACUACGGUUAUCCCAAAGAAAGACGGGACUGUGACGAAUUCUUCCAAGAAAUUUAUCAGCACUAUUUAGAAAACCCCUCCGAUUCUACCGAGUAUGCUAUAAGAAUGUACCUCAAGCACAAGGAUAGACCUUGGGCAUAUAAGAAGUUGAAUGAAUUGUUCAAACCAUUGAUUUACAAGAUACCGCCAGAAAAUUCAAAUUUUAAGGCGACCAACAUUAUAUUAGUUGGCAAAUUAUUGAAAUAUUUCAACAGUGGUGUGGAAUUUGACAAAAAAUGUCUUGAAGAGAUGAAGUUGUGGUUCGAAGGACUCUUGGAAGAUAAUUCGGCAGAUCCUAUUGUUCUACAAAGUAUACAGUACUCACUAAAGCUUAUUCCUCGUAGGAUACGGAAUCCGGAGCUGGAGAUAAUAAAGAAACCCAAAAAGCCCAAACCGAUCCCCAUGGUGCCACAAGAAUAACAUCAAAUUUGUAAAUAAUAAUUUAUUUAUAUUAUGUACAUUAUAUAUCAAUGAAAAUUGAUGAUUGUAAUAUAUUGUGAUUAAAAAAGUACUUAUUAGUUUUGUAAUGAGUACUUUUUUGUAUGAUCUGUUGAAAAAUAGAUGGUUUAAAAAAUGAAAAAUGAUGUUUUCUACAAAAUUUUCGUGGCCUAAAGACAGUUACAAACUGUAUAUAUACGAGAUUGUUUUAUACAACAUUUUAAAUGGAACAUAGCGUAUUGGAGAGGUUCAAAUAAUUUUCAAACUAUUUGUGUUUUAUUUAGUAUAUUAUUCUUCUGACAUCAAUCCUUGAACUAUAUUUUCAAGUUUGUCUAAAUUAUCCAUCCAUUGAACGCUUCAUGAAUUUGGAUUGUAUAGAAAAUUAUAAAGUAUCUAUAUCAUUAAAAUUUUGAACCUAUACAAUAAGUAACAAAUACAAUAAAUAAUAUUUAGAUUCUUUCCUUUUAAGUCCUUUGCAUGCCAUUAAUGACUGUUGAUAGAUAGAAAAUAUUUUAGAAUUCAGUGGAAAUUAUAAAGAAUCAAGGUGCCAUUCAGUUAUUGACGGAGGAAUGUUCUAAGGCCCAGCUUGUCGUCCUAAGAAAGGUUAUAAGUGCCAGCAUUAAAAUUGAGUGUCAGGAGCUUCUCAUAGAUGUCGGUAGCUGUAUGUACGGCAACAGUUUCUUUAAAAGGGUCGUACGUCCAACAGUUCAGAUACUACUACUA